UCGAUCUCUUUUUGGGCCGCCUGAAGCCAGAAUUUCAAUUUCUGGUACAACGUGGGUCUCCAGUUUUAAUAAAAUCUCUCUAUCCGUGCCCUUUUCCCCCACCGUCUACGUACGCAAGUGCUUCAUUACCCCUCGAAUUUUUACGUUUGCUUUCUGAAGAUUUGAUCGCAGAACAACCUUCAGAUUUCUGUCUCUUCCGCCAUGGCUGCUGUGUCCGAUGACGCCACUAGUAUAUGUGCUCACUGUAAUCGUGCUAUCCCUGCUGCAAAUAUUGCUCUGCAUUACGCCCAUUGCUCCCGGAACCUUGAAAAAUGCAAAAUUUGUGGUGAUAUGAUUUCAAAAAGAAACUCCGAGGAUCACUUUUUAAACACUCAUGCACAGGUUGCCUGUUCGAUGUGCCACAAGAUAAUGGAGCGCAAUCUGCUAGAAAUCCACGAAGGUGAAAGCUGCCCACAGAGAAUUGUCACCUGUGAGUUCUGUGAGUUCCCAUUGCCAGCAAUUGAUCUGGCUGAGCAUCAGGAAGUAUGUGGGAACCGAACAGAACUCUGUCAACUUUGUAAUAGAUAUGUCAGGCUAUGUGAAAGGGACAACCAUGAAGCCAGGUGCAAUGGCAUCCCAGAUAAUAUUGUGGGAUCUUCAAGGGAUGCGAGGGCACGUGAAAGAGAUGAAGGUGCUAGAAGGCGACCGCAGAAUGACUACUCAAAAAGUCAUAUUCUACUCACUGUAGCGGUUACUGGCGUUGCUGUUUUGGUUGGAUCUAUUUUGUUCCAGAGGAGGACGGAGCACAGUGAUUUGCAUUAGCCGCUGAUUUUGAGCAUGUUUUCUACGAUUAUAUGCUUCGAACUAUUCGUAUCCAGCAUAAGUCAUAUGACCUAUUGCGAUUUAUACUUCGCUAUAUUCUAUUGCAGCACUUCGGCAUAUGCAUAAACUCAUCUAUCACAAUAGCGCUUCCUUUUGUUCCCU